UUCGCUUAGAACGAACUGUGCCUGACUUUACUUGCAUCUAGCGCCACUCGGUGUAUGAUGUCUCCGUGGUGGCAGCAACAGCGGUCAGAAGUUUCACGGGUUUCUCAAUAAUGCAGCUGGCAUCUCACACUCACAACCCAUGCGCCAACAACAAUAACACAAGCUAAUCCUCCGUCUCUGAGUGGUGUCUGCCUCUUUUCCAACCAUGGCGACAAAGACUCCACGUGCAGACUUUGAACAAGUCUUUCCUGCCCUGGUCAAGGAUGUCCUGGGCGAAGCCAAAAAGUUCAACUUGCCUGACAAUGCGGUACAAUGGUUUGAAAAGUCGCUCAAUGCGAAUACACCUGGUGGCAAGCUGAACAGAGGCAUGUCAGUACCAGAUACCGCAUCCCAACUCCUUGAACGAUCGCUUUCCUCCGAAGAAUUCAAAGACCUUGCCACGCUUGGGUGGCUGACCGAGCUGCUGCAGGCCUUCUUCUUGGUCAGCGAUGACAUUAUGGAUGCAAGCAUCACACGUCGGGGAGAGCCAUGUUGGUAUCGACAACCUGGGGUUGGGAUGAUCGCCAUCAACGACGCUUUCAUGCUGGAGUCUGCAAUAUACCUAAUUCUCAAGAAACACUUUCGAUCGCAUCCUGCAUACCUCGAUCUGAUGGAAUUGUUUCAUGAAAUUACCUGGCAAACUGAGCUUGGCCAACUCUGCGACUUGAUCACAGCCCCUGAGGACCAUGUCGAUUUGAAUAACUUCAGCAUGCAAAAAUACACCUUCAUCGUGAUUUACAAGACAGCAUAUUACUCCUUCUACUUGCCUGUCGCUCUUGCACUACACUACCUUCGGUUGGCGACUCCGCAAAACCUGAAGCAAGCACAUGACAUCCUCAUCCCUCUCGGAGAGUACUUCCAGAUACAGGACGACUAUCUCGAUGCAUUUGGGGAUCCUGCCGUGAUUGGAAAGAUUGGAACAGAUAUCAAAGAUAACAAGUGUGGGUGGUUGGUCAACCAAGCGCUCUUGAUAUGCACGCCUGCGCAGAGGCAAGUGUUGAACGAAAACUAUGGUCAGAAGGACGACGCAACGGAGGCAAAGGUCAAGGAACUGUACAAUGAAUUGGAACUGGAAAAAAGAUACCACGACUAUGAGGAGAAGCGUGUUGGCGAGAUUCGACAAAUGAUUGCGGCACUUGAUGAAAGCGAGGGGUUGAGGAAAGGCGUCUUCGAGGUAUUUUUGGCCAAAAUCUACAAGCGGAGCAAGUAGAACAUGAGAACCUUGAUUCAUGUCGUCCGUUUUGCAUGAAGCAACACAGUCUCAGAGUCGUUAGCAGAACCUCGUGUGUGCAUCCAAGCUCAGCAACGAAACACGUCGAGCCGGCUUC